UAAUAUAAAUCACUAGUUUAUCAAAAAUGCAUCGUUAAAAAACAAACACACGAAACACAAGAAAACCCCACUAAGGUUUUACAUUUUCCCACCCCCAAAACAAAAAACAAGAAAGUGGGUUUCCACAAGGGGAUAAUUGCCAAUGCACUGAGUCACUGACUGGUCAAGCAAACAGCUCACACAGCGUAUACAACAAGACCAAACAAAACAAAACCCAAGGCUUCCGAGAAAAAGCACCUUAAUUAAUCAUCUCCCAGCACCCUACUCAUGUCCAACACAACCGUAACACAAUCCCUCAGAAACCCAUCAGCCCAAAAUUCCAGAAAGGUCUCAUAGUUCCGCCGCCGCAACCUCCACCGUCUCCUCUUUGGGCAUGGGCGGUAAUGGCAAGCACAGGUGGAAGAUCUCCUUCUACCGCUCCAAUUCCGGCUCAAAGAAUCCCCCAAAGGAGCUCUUAUGCCCCAUUUCCGGGUCCUUAAUAUCCGACCCUGUCGUCGUCUCUUCGGGUCAGACCUUCGAGCGCCUCUCCGUCCAACUCUGCCGCGAGCUGGGCUUUUCCCCCAAACUCGAAGACGGGACCCGACCCGAUUUCUCCACCGUGAUUCCCAAUUUUGCCAUCAAGUCUACCAUCCAGAACUGGUGCGACCGCAACAACGCCCAACACCCGCAGCCACCCGAUUCAAUCGCACUCGAGAAGGCCGUACGGGCGCUGAUGGAGAAGGAUAGGGAAGACCCAGGAAUUAGGGUUUCGGAGCGGGAGCUGCUGAGGGGGAUGGCGGAGAGGCCGCCGGUUAGGUACAUGCACGCGGCGACCGAGUUGGGCUGCCGAGUCGACCAUUUCUACUCCAGUUCGUCGGAAGAGUCAGUGGUCAUCCCCUCGGCGAGUCCCCCCACUCCUCUUCCCUUCGCGACCCGGCCGUCGUGUUACUCCUCGUCGUCUUCCUCCGAAAUCACAGCGGAGCUUCAAACCCUAAAUCUUAAUUCCUCGUUGCCGGGAUGCGAGGAGGAGGAGCAAUUGAUGACAAAGCUGAGAAGCUCCGAGGUAAUUGAGCAGGAGGAGGGGGUAAUUUUACUCAGAAAGCUCACGAGGACGAAAGAGGAGCUUAGGAUUUCGCUCUGCACUCCCCGGCUGCUCUCCGCCGUCGGAUCGCUGGUUGUCUCGCGAUACAGCACCGUGCAGCAAAACGCCCUCGCUUCGCUGGUGAACUUGUCUCUGGAGAAGGCCAACAAGGUGAAGAUUGUACGGUCAGGAUUCGUCCCGCAUUUGGUGGAUGUAUUGAAGGGAGGAUCCAGUGAGUCGCAGGAGCACGCCGCUGGCGCGCUCUUCAGCUUGGCGUUGGAGGAAGAUAACAAGAUGGCGAUCGGAGUGCUCGGCGCGUUGCCUCCGCUGAUGCACGCGUUCGUAAGGGCGGAGAGUGAGCGGACGCGCAAUGACUCGGCGUUGGCGCUCUAUCACUUGACGCUGGUGGAGAGCAACCGAGUCAAACUCGUUAAGCAACACAACGCGGUGCAAACUCUGUUGGCCUUGGCUAAGUCCCCGGCGUCAGCGGGCCGAGUUCUGCUGAUUCUGUGCAAUCUAGCGAGCUGCAACGAGGGGAGGUCCUCCAUGCUCGACGCCAACGCGGUGGAGUGUUUGGUGGGGAUGCUGAGGAGGCGAACCGAGUUUGAUUCCGAGUCGACUCGGGAGAACUGUGUGGCGGCGCUCUAUGCGCUGAGUCACGGGUCGAUGAGGUUUCGUGGGCUGGCGAGGGAGGCGAAGGCGGUGGAGGUGUUGAGUGAGAUCGAGAAGAGCGGGAGCGAGAGGGCGAGGGAGAAGGCCAACCGGCUGUUGAUGGUGAUGAGAGGGAGAGAGGAUGAGCCAAAUUGGGACUCGGUGUUGGACUCGGGUUCCGGACCUGGACUCGAUCCGACUCGGUACCGAGUUGUGAGGAACUUGCAUACCGCCAACUCAACCACGUUUUAGUUUUUUUUUUCUUUUUCUUUUUUUUUUAAAUUAUAGAAAAUGGGUUUUUUGUAUAUCAGCGCUAAAAAAUGACAAAUAAAAAAGAAAAUGUAAUCGUCGCCGAGUCGACUCGUUAGUCGUGACUCGGUACUGAGUUUGGGAUACGGCGGCGGGGCCGAUGGCGGGUGUAAAUCAUUGGCGGGGGAAUGGUCCACGUCUCCUUUAUUUUUGUGUUGUCUUUUUACUUUUUUGUUUAGUGUUAAUUAGUGUAUGUAAGUAAGGUUUAAUUAAGGAUUUUGGAAUGUAAUGUGCACAUAGAUUUUUGCUUCAAGAAAAGAUUGAUUGGAUAAGAACAAUUUAAAAUUUUGCC